GAAGAUUCGCCCCAUUUCAUUGUGACGAAGGAUGCUUCGCACGUUCCUCCGAUGUAGCGGCAGCGGUCGGCCCUUCGCCACUUCUUCACAUGCAGCCAAGGUGAAUGGCGCGGACGUCCCUUCAUUCCGUCGACCAUCACCCUCAACGACCAACUUCCCGAAGCGAUCGGCGGGGUACCAGUCGACUCGCGCCAUGAACGAGUCCGCCCAUCGAUCAGAGCACCAGCCAAAGUCCCACAAGUUAAAGAACGGCCGUCCUGUGAUCACUGUAAUUGGGGUGGGUGGCGCAGGAAGCAACGCCGUGAACAGCAUGAUCACGUCGCAGCUGGAAGGCGUGGACUUUGUCGUGGCCAACACAGAUUGCCAGGCUCUGGCAAGGUCGCUGACGCCGCGCCAGAUCACGCUGGGCAAGGAGCUUACGAAGGGGUUGGGUGCGGGGUCCAAACCGAGCUUGGGCAAAUCGGCGGCGGAGUUGAGUCACGACGGCAUCGUAGCCCAGUUGGAAGGAAGCAACAUGUUGUUUGUCACGGGCGGCAUGGGCGGUGGCACCUGCACAGGGGCGGCGCCAAUCAUCGCAAACAUCGCGCGGGACAUGGGCAUCCUCACGGUGGCGGUGGUGUCGACGCCGUUUCGAUCAGAAGGGCCGAAUCGCACGCGACUAGCCAUCCAAGGUCUCGCCGCGCUCGCGCAAUCGGUGGACACGCUGAUUGUCGUCCCCAACCAAAACUUGUUGGCGCUGUCCAACGCGUCCACGACGUUAGUCGAGGCCUUUCGGUACGCGGACGCGGUGCUGCUGGAAGGCGUCAAGGGCGUGACAGACCUGAUUGUCAAGCCAGGCUUAAUCAACUUGGACUUUGCAGACAUCAACACGAUCCUGUCCAAGGCCGGGCGCGCCAUGAUGGGCUCGGGUCAGGCCGCGGGCGCCAACCGCGCCGAGGAAGCGGCGUAUGCUGCCAUGUCGACGCCGCUGCUGGGGGACCUGCCCACGGAGCACGCGACGGGGCUUCUCGUGACCAUUCGCGGCGGUGAAGACAUGACGCUGUACGAGGUGGAUACGAUCAUGGGGGUGAUCCGAGACAAGGUGGCCGAGUCGGCGAAUGUGAUCUUUGGUACGUGCUAUGACCCGUCAAUCGAGGGCAGCAUCCACGUGUCGGUGAUUGUGAGUGGGAUCAAGAUGGACCAGUUUACCCCCCCCGCCGGCAAAGUGCGGAAGACCGCCGCCGACAGCGACGUCCCGACGACGACGACGGACGAACCCGCCAAGGAGUCGACGGGGUUGUUUGGAUUUUUUAAGCUGUAAUUGUUGUGAUGACGAUACAUGUUGAGCGUGGGCACUUGGUGCAUAAGAAGUUCUCGCUGGGUCGAGGGAAUUGAUUGUGUAGGCCAUAUAUAUAUAUUAUAUAUAUAUAUA